AUGGCUAGUUAUUUCUCUUCCCAGCUAGGGGCCAAUUCUAGCCAUGUAUCUACCAGAACACCUUCUCCCGCACCCUCCCCGCUUUCGCCCCCCGUCCAACAACGCUCCAAUGCCCUGUCAAACCGACUGACCAGCGUGCUGUCGGCGUCGUACGCCGACUCGGACAUCCGCGAUGCGCUGGAGACACUCAGCCUGCGAGGGAUUCACAAUACGGCGGAAGUGCGCAGACAAUUGCGACUGGACGUGCAGAAGGAAGUGGUCGACAGUAAUGCGGAGAUCGUGCGGGAUUUCGGGAAGGUUGCAGAGCAACUUAAACGGAUCGGAACGGUUAUCUCGAGUCUGAACCAGACACAGGACACGAUGCCCGUCCUCGAGGAAGCGUCCGCGCUGAUGAACCACCGGAAGGAGGCCGAAACCAAGCAGCAACUCCUGGAGGCGUUCGCGAAACACUUUAUUAUCUCCGACGAGGAGCUGUUGAUCCUGACCGCCGCCGAAGAACCGGUCACCGAGGACUUUUUUACCGUGCUUGCCCACGUCAAGCAGGUACACAAGGACUGCGAAGUGCUGCUGGGCGGGGAAAACCAGCGACUCGGACUGGAGCUGAUGGAGAGGAGCACCCGGAAUCUCAAUUCGGCCUACCAAAAGCUGUACCGCUGGAUUCAGAAGGAAUUCAAGGAUCUGAACCUCGAGGAUCCCCGAAUCAGCCGCUCGAUUCGACGGGCCCUGCGCGUGCUGGCCGAGCGGCCCAGUCUCUUCCACAGCUGCCUGGACUUCUUCGCCGAAGCUCGCGAUUACGUACUCUCGGAUGCUUUCCACAGCGCACUUACGGAUGCGGUCUCUGGUGCCGGGGGCGAUCGCAACGUCAAACCGAUCGAGUUCUCCGCCCACGACCCCUUGCGGUAUAUCGGCGACAUGCUGGCGUGGGUCCACUCGACCACGGUGUCGGAGCGCGAAGCGCUGGAGUCCCUCUUUGUCGAGGACGGUGAGGAACUGGCCAAGGGCAUCCAGCUCGGACUGAGCAGUGAGCCCUGGGCGCGGAUCGAUGAAGACGAGGAGAUUACGUUCAACGGGACCAAGGCUCUCAGCGACCUCGUCAACCGCGACCUCACCGGCGUGUCCCGCUCCCUGCGGCAGCGAGUUGAACUAGUCAUCAAAGGCCACGAUGACCCAGUCACCUGCUACAAGGUCGCCAACAUCCUGUCCUUCUACCAGACGACCUUCACCAAGCUGCUGGGCCCCAAGUCCAACCUCGCAGAGCUGCUCCAGACCCUCGAGGAGUUCACCCUCAACCACUUCAAAACGAUCAUGCAAGACGCAGUGCGCGCCCUCUCCACCGACCACGCAGCCCUAGUCCCCGCAGCAGACCUCUCAGCCCCACAGUUCCUGCUCGACGCCCUCGAAGUCCUCACCUCCCUCGCCAAAACCCACGAGGCCUCCUUCGGCGCCGACGAGCUCGAGUCCACCUCCCCCGACGGCGCCAACCGCUUCACGCCCAUCCUCUGCGCCGCACUCGACCCCAUCCUCGACCUCGCCAAGUCCUCCGCAGACGAACUCCCCGAUGCAACCGCCCGCGCAAUCUACCUCACAAACAUCCACCUCGCCGCGCGCUCCACCGUCUCAGAGUACCCCUUCGCGAGCUCAACGCACCUAGCCCCGCUCUCCACAGCGCUCUCCUCCCUCCGCGUCGACCUCCUCUCCAUCCAACACAACCACCUCCUCGACGCCUCAGGCCUCAGAGCCCUCCUCACAGCCCUCGAACCAUUCUCUCCCUCAACAUCCUCAAAACCCUCGCCCCAGGACGCACCCGACCCCCAAACCCAAAAUCAACAGCAACACCCCCCCGAAAUAGCAGACAUCGCCUCCCUCCCCGCCUUCCAACCAGAAUCCCUCCUCGCAACCAGCCAACAACUCGACGACUUCCUCUCGUCGGCGCUGAUGGACGCCACGGAUUACCUGAAAAGGGUGCGCAGCGCGGCGUUCGUCAAGAGCGUCACGGAGGAGGCUGUCGAGGCGUUCUGUCGCGAUUUCGAGUUCGUGGAGGGUAUGAUUAUCGGGGCGGAUGAGGCGCACGCGAAGGUGGAUAUUUCCAAGGUUGUUGUUGAUGAGAAUGAUGGUGAGGGUGGGGAGAAGGGAGCGGGUGAGGAGAAGGAGAAGGUGGAAGGGGGGGAGGAGGAUGAGGCAGAGGAAGGGGGUAAGAGUGGUGGGUUGAGACGACUUUUCCCGAGGACGACGGGGGAGAUAAGGGUGUUGUUGAGUUAG